CCAUCUAGUGGUUAAGAUGUGAUAUUGCAAGUGUAACUGUAUCUCGCGAGAUCUCAGCCGACAACAGGGACCCAAACAGGAACAUGGCAUCGGUGUACGGUGGAAUAGAAGGUGGAGGGACUCACUCCAGGGCUGUGCUGCUGUCAGGAGAUGGGAAGGUGUUGGGAGAGGCAGUGGGACCCUGCACCAACCACUGGCUGAUCGGGGUGGAUAAAUGUCUUGAAACCAUCAAUGAAAUGGUCCAUAAAGCGAAGAUCAACGCAGGACUGGAUCCAAACACGCCGCUACGCUGUCUGGGUAUGUCUCUGAGUGGGGGUGAGCAGAAAGAUGCUAUCGACAAGCUGAUUGCUGUGAUGAAGGAGCGGUUUCCACAUCUCAGCGAGCAUUACUUCAUCACCACAGACGCCAUUGGUGCCAUGGCAACGGCAAGUGAUCGAGGAGGCGUAGUUCUCAUCUCUGGGACCGGCUCCAACUGCAAGCUGGUCAACCCUGACGGCUCCCAGGUCGGCUGCGGAGGCUGGGGUCACCUGAUGGGGGAUGAAGGAGGAGCGUUCUGGAUCGCUCAUUUGGCUGUGAAGACGGUGUUUGAUGCCAAAGACAACCUGGCGGCGCCGCCGCAUGACGUCGCACAUGUUAGGAAAGCCAUGGAGGAGUACUUCCAGGUGUCAGAUCUGAUGGGCAUGCUGCCACAUCUGUACAGAAACUUCCAGAAAUCAUUCUUUGCUGGCUUCUGCUUGAAGCUGGCUGAAGGUGCAGAAGCUGGAGAUGCCCUGUGUCAACACGUGUUUGCCGAGGCAGGCAGAGUCCUGGCUAAACACGUAGCCGCGGUCCUGCCUGCAGCACAAGAGUCUUUACUGAGCGGCGAACUGGGCCUGCCCAUCCUGUGCGUGGGCUCCGUCUGGAAGAGCUGGUCUCUGCUGAAGCCAGGGUUCACAGAGGUUUUGGAAAAGGCAGCGUCGUCUGAGAAGCUGAAGGGUCGUUUCCGUGGCUACAGCCUCCUGAUUUUGCAGCAGUCGUCGGCCCUCGGAGGGGCCAGUCUCGGCGCUCAGCGUUUCGGCUUCUCCGUCAGCAUGGAUUAUGGCGCCAAUGCUAAAAUCUCCUUUCAAUACUUCUUCGGCGGCGGCGGCCAGUGACAACAAAGGCCACUUUAUGAUUUUUACAGUUCAUUCCUCUUCAUUUUCCAAUCACAAUGACUUUAAAUCAGGUUUGUGUGAGACUGGACUUGCACAUGAUUUCACAAGAUCCAACCCUCAGAUGAAGAGAUUUAAAAAUACAUUAAUCUUUUUACUUGGCAGCUUCUGUAGCAACAGCUGAAAUAUUUUUUUUUUUUAUUGAACUGUCAAACUUUUUUUUCUGACUUUUGAUGAUUCAUUUGCACUAUGGCUUUACAAUAACAGUGUUGGUGAUUUUACAAGACGGUUCGAGUUCAGGUCUGCAGAGAGAGAUUUUGCCCUCUAGGUUCUGCGAUUAAAAACGAUUAGAUUUCACACAAUCAACACAUGAAGUCACCAUGCAAAAACAGGUGCUGUUAACUUUGUAUAAAACUUCACAUUGAUUUAUAAUCUUUAUACAGUUCUUAUGAAAGCAAAUUUGCAAUAAAUAUGAACGGAAUCGAUUGAUUAUACAAGCUGCAAUUUUUUGAUCUUUUUAAAGCGGAUGCUCAAGUUUGACUUUUGUCGAUUUAUCCCACUGUGACCCCGGAGGGAAGAGCAGGUGUAGCCGAUGAACCGAUGGGCUUAUUGAUGAUCCUGAAGACUCGGGGAAAUGUUCUGUGGAUUAAUUAAACAAAAGUUUGUGGAAGAUGUGCUAUAUCUUAGUGUAAAACUAAGAUUUUAUUGCGAGGUUCCUUUGCUGCUUCAGUACUUGCAGUUAUUGACAUUAUUAACUCUUCAAUAGUGGAAAACCUUGAGGGAAAAGCUUUGUUCAUCAGUUUGAGAGCUUAAACUGAAGCAAACGUUGGUUAUGCAGCAAUGAGUCAGCCACUGACUCAUUGCUGUGUCUAAAAUAAAUUAGGUUUCGCAGUGGUCCAUUCAACAGUGGGACUUUAAUCCAAUUGAGUUUCUGUGGCGUGAGCUUAAACAGACACUGGCCAACAAAGUACCUGUAUUAAAAUAGUUCUGCAGCUGAAAAUGGGCCAAAAUUCCUCCACAGAAAUAUGAAAAACACAUUGCCAGUAAAACACUUGAAGGCAUCUGUUGCCACCAAGAGUGGCAGAUUUUAGGAGGCUACUGCUUUUUCACAUUUAUCCAUGUUGGUUUGGGAAUUUUUUUCCCCCAACCAUUAAUAAAUAGAAUCAUCUGGAAA